CUUUCGUUUCAAGGUUCUUCUUAAGAAUUUCGAUUCCUUCUGACCUUAAUAUAUGAAACGACUUUGGAAGGGUUAAAAUCCCUUGAAGAGCUCUGUCUCUCUCUCUCUCUCUCUCAACAAUCUGAGACAGACGUUGGAGGCUUUGGAUCUCUGUUUCAAUUCGCCAUGUAUCGUUCCGAACUCACUUCAAACUCAAAUGGAAAUUCUAGUGUUUCAUCCUCGUAUAUAGAGAACGGUUAUAUGGAUACAAGUCCUCUCAUGGAUUCAGAAAAGGUAGUGAAGGAGUUCCUCCAACAACAGACUGUCAAGGGAGUUGAUGGACAUCUUAUUGAGUUCUCUGAGGCAUUGAGUACUGUUGCGAAGGCUUUAAGACAAGUAGCUGAAGGAAGGGCUUCUGCUCAAGCUGAGGCAGCUGAAUGGAAACGGAAAUAUGAAUUAGAAAGGGCACGAAAUCUGUGGAAGGAGCAUGAAGAACUGUCAUCUGGGGAUGGUCAUUGUGAUACUAAGAGUGAGAAGGCAGGGAGCAUAUCCAGUCAGAAUGAGAUGAGGAAUCUGAUUAAUGAUCAAUCUGAAAGAUGUUGCGAAAAGCAUGGAAUUGGCUCUCUUGAGGUUCUUAAGGAUGGAAUGGCAUACAAUCCCAUGGUGGUUCACAAUAAGAUUGCAAAAAAGGUGUCUUUUAAACUUCAGUGGGGUUGCAAUGGAAAGAAAAAUGGCCAGCUCAAGCAUGACAUUGUCUCUUUUGAAAGAGGAAAUAUAACAACUGAAGAACGCAGUAGUAAACAGAUUUUCUUGAAGUGGGAAUCACACCCACAGACUCUGCUUAUUUUGACAAAACCAAAUUCAACUUCUGUUCGAGUUGUAUGUGCAGAAAUGGCCAGAUGGCUGAAUGAUCAGAAGAAAAUCAAUGUAUACGUGGAACCACGAGUGAGAACAGAACUCCUAUCAGAGUCUUCUUACUUCGACUUUGUACAGACUUGGAAAGAUGAUGAGGAAGUACUACUCCUGCACACGAAAGUUGAUCUUGUGAUAACUCUUGGUGGAGAUGGAACCGUUCUUUGGGCAGCGUCAAUGUUCAAAGGACCAGUUCCUCCUGUUGUCCCAUUUUCUCUUGGAUCUUUAGGCUUUAUGACUCCAUUUCAAAGUGAGCACUACAGAGAGUACCUGGAUGCAAUCCUAAAGGGACCCAUUAGUAUUACAUUACGCCACCGGUUGCAGUGCUAUAUUAUCAGAGAUUCAGCCAAAGAUGAACUAGAGAAAGAAGGACCUUUUAUUGUCUUGAAUGAGGUUACAAUUGAUCGUGGUAUUUCAUCCUUCCUCACAAACCUGGAGUGCUACUGCGACAACUCCUUUGUGACAUCGGUUCAAGGGGAUGGAUUGAUCUUAUCAACAACAUCUGGAAGCACGGCAUAUUCCUUGGCAGCUGGAGGAUCUAUGGUCCAUCCACAGGUUCCUGGCAUCCUCUUUACACCAAUCUGCCCACAUUCUUUAUCAUUUAGGCCUCUGAUACUACCAGAGUAUGCAAUACUGCGAGUGCAAGUGCCUUUCAACAGUAGGGGACACACAUGGGCAUCAUUUGAUGGCAAGGACAGGAAACAGCUGGCACCCGGAGAUGCACUUGUUUGCAGCAUGGCACCUUGGCCUGUUCCGACCGCAUGUCAAUUAGAUUCUACCAGUGAUUUCUUGCACAGCAUACAUGACGGCCUCCACUGGAAUUUGAGGAAAACUCAGUCAUUUGAUGGUCCCCUAGAUUCAUAGUUGCUGAUAUAACAUGGAAGGAUCUAAUAUGCAACAUCCCUGAUGGUAUGAGAGUCCAUAUCACUUCCAUGACUGUUGAUUUGGAACUCAUCAUAUGCACCCUGUGGCUAGAUUUUUUUGGUGCCUAUACGCAGUUACAUCAUUGAGGAAAGUAAGUUAAAACAAGGUCAAAGAUCAUCUCCUUCCAUUAGAAAAAAGGUGCUUAUAUUUGUAUGAGUUUUGUAUGUUUGAUUCAGGAGAAGGUUAAUGACGAAAAUCUCUGUUGUCCCUCCCUGUAGGUAUGUAAUCUAUCAUUAAUUUGGUCAUCCUGUCUACUGUUUGAACCUGCUUUUGCAGGGUUUAGUGGUAUUCACCAGUUUAAAAAUUGUAGACAGCAGAUAUCAUGAAACAUUAGGUGUAAAGAAAAUCACUAAUCAAUUAGCACACAAAUGUAUUU